AUGUCGGGACGAGGCUACAGUGACGAUCGUCGUGAUGACCGUGGCGGUUACGGUGAAAAAGGUGGCGACCGACGCGGUUACGGUAGACAAGGAAGUUAGGACUACAGUAACCACAGAGGUUAAGAUCGUCAAGACCGUGGACGAGGCGAUCGCGAUCCGGGUUACGGUAAUGACUCCAACAGAGGCUACCGUGGCGACAGCAAUGGUCGCGGGGACGAGCGAAACUUCAGUCGCGGAGACCGUCGCGGCGACGAUCGCGAUUACGGUCGGGACGACAGACGCGACGACAGGCGCGACUUCGGUCGUGACGAUGGACGCAACUACGGUCGUGACGACAGACGCGACGACAGGCGCGACUUCGGUCGUGACGAUGGACGCGGCGACAGGCGCGACUCAAAUCGCGGCGACAGACGCGACUCAAAUCGCGGCGGUGGUCGCGGACGCGGCGAGCCGCGAGGUGGAGGACGCGGCGGCCCUCCUCGACCUGGUACUUCUAAACUUAUAUACCAGCCUAAAAAGAAAAAAAAUUGCUUUUGGAAAUGACCGUGUUCUUUAAGUUAUAAUUGCGGCCGCGAUGACUACAGUAAUUUAAAUUUUAUAGACGCUUUGUAUUUCAUUUUUUUUUGUUCUUCUGAGGUCGAAUCUUGAAUUUAUAUGAAAAGAAAAAAUUUUUUCCUGUAAUUGUUCCUGCUUCAGUUGUUCGACAAGAGUCGCCACAAGAGCUGCCAAAGGUGAGAUAUUCUCCUCUGUUUUUACUAUAUCACCACAAAAUCCAGUACCAAUUCUUGGAAAUUCAGGUGCCGCAACAACAAAUUGCCAAGCGACCGGACAAAGGAUGUGGCGGAAAAAACAGGCGCGAAGUUUUCGCGAAUUUCGUCAGGGUGAUUCGAAAAUCCAUCAAAAGAAUAUAAAUUUAUAACAUUUUUCCAGGUCUACGUGCCGGAACAUAUGAGAGUUCAUAAGUAUGAUAUGCAAUUUUUCCUGCUCAAGAACCGACAGGAAGUGCCGAUGAAGAAAACGUAAGAAAAUAAAAAUCAAUCUUCAGAAAAAAGUGCUCAUGAUAAUUUUGAUUCAGGGAAGACAUUUCGCGGGUCUUCUGGAAAAUGAUCGGAGAAGGGCCCGCCCUCGGGGAUAAUCGGAUCGUUUUCGACGAUAAGACGACCUGUUGGUGAGUUUUAGGCGGAAAAUGAUUGAUAUUCUUCGAAAGUUGUUUGUAGCUUUUUCCAACAUCACUGUAUGUGAGCCAGUGUAUGGCGGGGAAAAUAUUCUAAAGAGUUUUUGAAAAUUUUUUCUAUUUUCUUCCAAAUUCAACUUGAAACUUGAAAAAAAGAAGAAAAAAGUCGGCGACCUUUUUUUAAUAUAGUUUUGAGUGGAAGUAUAACCUUUUUAAAAUUGUAAUUCUUCCAAAAAUCAUUUAAGGCUAGGCGCCAAGCCCAAGUGGCCACUUGAGCGGUUUUUCGGACUCAACAAAAUGCUUGAGAAAUGCGGCUUUCUCCCUUUUAUCUUCCUUUUUCAGGUCUCUCGAGGACAUCCCGUUCCCUUUCACGCGGACACAAGACGGUACCAGAAUUUGGAAGGAAACGGCUCCGGUAAUUAUUCGAAAUUGAAACAAUUUGGGGGCUAGUAUAAUUUUCAUCUUCACGUCUCAAAACCACAUAUUUUGAUAGAAAAUCAAGAACUUCCGAAAAAAAGUCAGAGAAAAUUCAACGAAUUUCAGCCAAGCCGAGGACCGCCACGCUUUCAACCUGCUCUGGCCAUGAUUCGCUUCGUCCACCGCGAAAUCUACAGCUAUCCGGAAAUGGCUCACCUCGAAGAGGCGAUCGACUCGAUGCGCCGAUUGCUCGACUCCAUGGCGACUCAGGCCGCCCGUUAUCCCAAUCGGUUCGUUGAUUUUGGAGACAUUCCAGAAACAUUCAGGAAACGGGAAAACAGCUUGAAAAGAAGACUGAGUAAAUGAAAAAGACGUAUAUUUUACAUCAUUAGGAAGGCUUAGGUUGCCCCUUCAGAGGUUAGAGAAAAAAAAAACCUUUAGGAGGGACAAAAAAUAAGGGUAAAAUUCAGAUGACCCUCGCAUUUGUUUAGAUCUGACCCCUAAAUCUCCUAACCUUGCUUGGUCUCUAGAGGGGUCUCUUAAUCUAAUCUGAGAUUUAAAAAAAAGGCACAUUUAAUAAAAUUCGGUCUAUUAUUCCUCUUUUCACAUUUUUAAAUUCAAAAAGCGCCAGUUUAAUGGUCCCUAUAGAGGCAAGUAAAGUAGUCCCUGGAGGGAAUCCUUCAAGGAACCACUUUAGUGUUCUCAAGUACGAGAAAAAUACGUGGGCUGGAUCCCUCAAAAAGCCAAGCGAAAAAAAGUUCGAGAGUGGACUGAAAAAUGCCGCAUUUUGAAUUCAGCCCGAGAUGGAAGAGGGAGAUUUUUUAGCCUAGUGUGGAACAUUUGAUCUAAUUAGGACUUUUAGGGAGUUUUGCUGCUUCGAAAGUUUCAAAUAACGCCUUCCUCCAUAAUUUGUGUAGUUCACGAACUUCAGAGUCAUAAAUCAGUUAUAGGACAAAAAUCGAGAAUUUCGUUCAGCAGCUGAGAAAUGCUGAGAAAGCAUAACUUCUGAAAACUUUUCUCGCGUCCGAAUCUUCAGAAAACAUCUUCAAUUUGUUUCAGGGACGAAGAAAGCGCUCGCGAUGCUCACUACGCCACGAUCGGACGUGCGAUUUUUGCCAGGAACCCCUACCAAGACAAUUAUGCCAGAAAUCUCUCCGUCAACCUGCUCCGAGGCCUCGAGUGCUGGACCGGCCUUUCGAUCAGCAUCAAGAUGAACGGGGGUCUGGGGAUCUUCUGCAACGUCGAUGGUAUGCUGUCUAUUCGACAACGAACAAUUCAUAAUUGAUAUGCUUUUUUGUUCGAGGCGUCGAUUCUAGGCUAGGAACUGAUCCUACACUCACAACUUUAAUUGGAAUCAUCAAAAAAUCUCAUCACACCAAAGUUUUCGGAAUCAUCGCUUGAAAAAAAUGGGCCGCUUCAGAACUUGAUCAAACUUCACUGAAAGACGCUCUAGAGGACCCUGAUUUCGAAAAAAUAAAAAAGGUGGCGCUUUUUGCCUAUUAGUUCAAAUUUUGAAUAACGAUAUUAAGUUAGGGAAAAAGGGAAGUUUUGAGCGUCUUCUAGGCCUAACAACCUUUUGCGAUAGUUCAAUUUGAAUUGGAGAUUUUUUUUUUAGAAAAUACAGUGUUGUGCAACCUUUAACUUUUUUUCCACGAACCACAGAAGAAUGAACAUUUGAAAUGUUCCAGUGAAAAACUCGAUUGUGGUGGGCCCUGCACGAAGACUGACGGACGAGAUGAUAGCAAUUUCUUGCGCAAAAUCCGUGGAAAUCUCACCGUCGACAGAGGCGCAAAAAGAUGCUUUUUUAACGGAGAAUGGCAUGUCGAGCACCUUUCGCAAAGUGAUGGAUCAAAUAUUUAAAGGUUUGAAUGAUGUAUGAAUAAAGGUAUCAUUCGAAAGUGGCUGCUAACUCCAUUCUUCUCUUCGAAAUCGGGAGAAAUUCCAAAAAAAAAACCGCUUUUUUCACUUUGCUGAAAGAAGUUAGUGCGAUUCAAAAAAAGAGGUCAAAAGACAGAUCAACAGCGACCUAGAGAGAUGCCAGACUUGCAAAGACGCUCUCGUUGUCUGGCGCCUCUCCAGCUCGUCAAUUGUCCUUUCACUCCAAUCUUUUGCGUCGCAACUAUAGUCUGUUCAUAUUUUGAAUGUCAACCAGCUUACUCCGCCCCUGCUGAGACGGUACCUUUUCGCGUCGAUGUUUUAUCGCGCGGGACUAAUUUUGAUCUUUUUUGAUCUAAAAGAUAGAAAAAGAAGUCAAAAAUGCAGCAUUAUUAAAGGUUCAUCGUCAUCUGGAUAUAAAACAUUGACGCGAAGGAUAUUGUAGCCUUGGGGGUGGAGUUAGCUGCUUGACGUUGAAAAUCUGAACAGACUAUACCGAUUUUCUCCCAGAUAAACUUUCAAGCGUGUUUGAAGGAAGAAGAAAAACGUUUCCUAUGUUCAGGCGUCAGAUGUGUCGAAAUGCGAAAUAACAGGAAGUUCGAGUACAACGGAUUGACCUCGCAAGGAGCCGAUAAGACCUUGUUUCAGGCGAGUUUUGAUAAGUUUGUUCUCAACAAGGAAAUUAUUGAGAACAUUCUAUUUUUUGAGUUUCAGCUCGUCAGAGACGGAAAGCCCAUCAUCUUGAGCGUUGCCGAAUACUAUGAAAAGCACUUGCAAGCGAAACUUCGAUAUCCCCAUUUACCUUGUGUUAUGGUACGUUUUUUGUUGUUGGAAAUGGAAAAAAGUCAUUCCAAAUGCGACCUUAGUUUAGGAAAUGAAAACUAAUAAAAGUUUAGAAGAACAAAAGGCAGCAGAAAAGUUGCUAUCGCUUAUCGAGAUAUUUUCUACUGAACUUGGUCGCAGUUGGAAUGGCUUGACGCAUUACGGUUGCGGUGCAAUUAAAGCUUUUUUUUUAAAUUUUUGUCUCAAUUGUGACCAUAGGUUUUCAAAUAACUUUCAGUCAAAAAAAGAGAAAAGCUUUGAAAACACUUAUUCGAUUUCCAUCUCUUUUCGAGAGUCAUUUCGAAAAAUUGGCUCCCGAAGCGCUGCAACCUUCUCUCAGCCAUUCCAAGGAGAUUUUGUCGUUUGCAGAGCUCGAAGAAAAGUAACGGGGCACUGUAUCCGCUGGAAUGGGUCGGGACUCUGGACACGCUUAUCCAUCCGUACAACAAGCCGUUGAAGCAAGAUGACCGACAUUUGAUGCUCCAGGUCCGCAUUUCAGGAUUGAAACGAAACUCAAAAGUCUCUGUUCGAAAUUGGGCAAACAAGAAAAAUGAAUUCGAGUUUUUUUGAAGAAAAACAUGUCUAACUAGAGAUAAAACAAAAAGUUUAACCAACUUUUUUCCCAAUCAAUCUCUAUUUCUAUCUUUUUUUUUCCAGGGAACCUCCGACCUGCCGAAUCGCCGAAAGAAACUCAUCGAUCAGUUGGCUUUCAAUCCGGUUUUCUAAAAAUACAUUGAAAAAAGAGUAAUCUCAAUUUUUCAGCCCGGAGAAAACCCACAGCAGCCGCCGAUUUUCCGGAAAAACGACCCAUAUUGCGAGAAGUUCGGCGUCGAAUUUGGUCGGGAAUUCAUUCGCCUUCCCUCGUUGGUCCUUCCAGCUUUGGAACUUGACUUCGAGGUUGGCUUUUUUUGAAAGAGUUCAGGAAAAACCUCUCUUUUUGAGCCCUUAGCGAAAAAAAAAAUGUUUUUCAGUCGGACCCAUCGAUCAAACAGGCAGAAAUUGCCACCGGAAUGUGGGACUUGAAGCUGCCGAAUGGCGAAUUCAGGUUGAUUUUCGAGAAAAUGGUCAAGAAAAAUAGUCUUUUUUUCAGAAAAGUGCCCGAAAGCCAACGCAGAAAAAUCAUUACGGCAGUGAUUUGGUUCCUCGACCCGAGACACGACUUCGCAUCGACAGAAGAGAUGAACGUCUUGGACAGACACAAGUGAGACAAAACAGCCGAAAAAAAAGAAUAUUUCGCGCUCUAUGGCUCAUUUAGUGAGCAUGAAGUCAUGAUAAACGGAAAGUAGUUCUGAUCGCAGUAUUACUUCAUAAAAGAUCUUUUAAGAGAGUUGUUAGUAAGCUGAUGAUUUCGAACAUGACGUCAUAGCGGUACUUUUGAAAUGAAACUUUGAGCGUUAUGACGUCAUAGAAAAGCUUCUGACCUCUUUCAAAUCUUCGAAGAAUUUCUAAGAAAAAUAGAGUCAACGAAAAAGAGCAUUUGAGACCUAUGACGUCAAAAAAAUUAUGAGAAUAGUGACGUCAUUUGUAAAAAAAACUCGAAAAACAUUAGUUGGAAAAAUACUUCUGAACAAAAAGUUAUCGUAGAGAUCCUAAAAAAGAAUCAUGGCAUUUUUCGACAUAUACUUUCGAAAAUCACGUCAUCAUAGUGCUUUUGAGCUUAAUGACGUCACUUUCAGUACUACUUCAAAAUCUAGCACUGAACAUCAUGAUGUCACUUCUAAGGUUUUUUUUGAAAAAAAAUGUGACGUCAUCUUUGAAUUUCGGUUCUUUCAGAAAGAUAAAAGCGUAAUGACAGUAAUUUUGAAUAAAAAUUCAUAAUUUUCAGCCAAAACGAGCCGCACGGCCCGAACAAUUCGCGUAUGGCGACCAUCUUCAAAACUUUCGAGGCGUUUGGACACACCUGGGGUGGUCAAAAGAUGUUCGGAGUGAGCAUUUUGUUGAUUUGAAUUAAGCAUUUUUUGGCUUUUUACGAGCUUAAAUUUUUUUUAUGUUUGAUCUUGCAAUUAGUGUGAAUCAUCAGAAGUUCUGAAAAAGAAGGUUGUUUGCAGUGCGAAAUUUGAAGAUUUUUCAAAAAGUUAUCAUUAGAAAAUUCAGGAUUUUUCAUUAUUUUUUGACUAUUUUUUGCAAUUCAAAACCUGAUUUGACCCCCUUGUAAGUUUUUAUUCAUUUCAGAACAGGGUCUAUCAUCAGAAAAAUUUACCCGACGGCCGGCCGAGACCAAAUGAUGUCUCGCUUCAUCAGGACUUGGAUGAAUUUAUCAUGGACUUCAAAAGAGGCGUACGUUUUCCCAGCUUUUUUCUCCUUUUGUCUAUGUACCAUUGAAGUUUGCCUUUUAGCUGUGCUCUUCAAGUUUUUCAGUUCCAUCCCUUCAAGCUUUAGCUAUGCUCCUUUAAGCUUCAAAUGUGUUCAUUCAAAAGUUCAGCUAUAUUGGUUCAAAUUUGAGAUUUUCUCCAUACAAUUUCAGCUAUUUUUCCUUCAAAUUGCAUCUAUAACUUUUUCAAUUCUAGCUUCGUAAUUAAGCUCAACUUUUCUGUUUUCAUUUUUUUUUUCUGAUCUCUCGGUUUUCCAGGUCAAGAGGAACUUUCCGGAUUAUACCCCUCUGAUACUUGCGAUCUUUGCCGAGAAAUGCAGCACGAUCAAGGGAUAUGCAAACGAUUACUGUAACUUUACCAUAGCCAUGGCGAAAUCCGAAUUUCCUCAUUUCUUCAGGCACUUUCAAGCAGGCGUGCGACGUCGCCUACGGUGUCCACUGCCAAGGAAUCACGCAGAAAGUGUUCAAAAAGAUUACGGUGGGUCAGAACGACGUCAUGUUAUUCAUGCAAAUUGACGUUAUUUGAACUGAGUAGAGUGAAGGAAAAAUGUAACCUUUUUAUCCCAAUUUUUCCGGAGGAUGACAUAGUCUAGCUGAAGAAGAACCUAAUUUUUUUUUCGAAAAAUGGCGUGAUUUUUGGAAAAGAAAAGUCGCAAGAAUUUCCGCAGUUUUUUCUUCCUGAAAAAAUGGCGUCAGCGAAAUUUCGUGACGUCAUUCUAACUUUUUCUCAAAAAAGAAACUGUUUGAAAACCCGUUGGAAGAAAUUGAUUGGGAAAUUUGAAAAAAAAAACCGAUCUUUUUACAAAACUAUCCAUUUUUUUCCUAAUAAACUAUCUCUUUCAGGGCAAUCCACUGACUUGCGCGACGUCUUUCCUGCUCUCGCUGAAAAAUGAUGCUGAAACUUGGAGUCGUGUACUGCCUCGGCAAUGGAAGGGUUCACAAAAAGUGAGGAGAAAAAAAUCGAGAAAAAAGAAAAUAAUAAAACCCAUAUUUUUCAAAACCGCCUUGAAAAAAACACCGUUUAAAAAAACCUUUUUAUUUUUUUGACUCGGGUUUUUAGUCUUCAAAUCAGGACUAGGUUGAGAGUUCGGCAAUAUAUUCAAUUUAAAUCGCGAAAGGUUCAAAAAAUUUUUAAGUAAAUUUGGAUAACUUGAAAAGUCAUUGAGAUAGACAUAAGGCCGGAAAGGGAUAAAAGUGGUCAAAAUUAACUUUCAGCUGGGAGAAAAUCACGGACGAAAAUGA